AUGUUUAAAAAUUGGGGAGUGGGAGACACACCAUAAUUGAUGCCUCAAAACAAUCCAACCAUAAUUUAAAAUCUUCCCUUUUCAGGCAGAAGCAAUUACAGAGAUCAAUUUUAAGAAUUCAAUGUUGAACCUGCUAAAAGCACAAAAGGACUCUAUUAGCAAAAAUCGCCCCUGUCCCCACCAGAUAUCAAAUUUACAGCAACCUCAAUAGCCAAGUCCUCCUAUAUACCAAUUGAAACUGAAAGAGCAUAGCAAUAACAAGCCAAAAAACUUCAAUUAUAACCUCUCAAUCCAUCUUACAGAGGAUAAUAUAAUACUAUGUAUUGCAAAGAAUUUGAUUCCAAAUUCCCAAGACCUUGUCCUGCUAAAGAAGUUCUUGAUGAAGUUGAAAAAUAAAUUUGA